AUGAGCAAUGUCAAGAAGUCUGAUGUGAAUCAAAAAAAGUGAGUUAUGACGUGGCAAAGGUGACAAUUGAACGUUUCCCUAGGAUUUUUCAAAAAGUUGAAGAAAAAUCAUAAAAUCUGAAAAUUUUAGAGGAUUACCAACUGUUUGCACACCAAUACCAUCUGAUCAAAGUUCGAUCAUCGAAAGGGAAGCGAAUCGAAAAAUAGAUUCCGAAAAAUCGUCAAAGUCUUCGAAAUCUUCAAGAUCUUUGAAUUCUAAGAGAAAACACAAGAAACAAAAUAUCAUAAUUGUGAAACCGUGUGAUUCUGAUGAAAAUAAUUCAUCAACAACUCCAGAAAAGAAAUCAGUUGCAUCAACUCCAGUUUCAAUAACAUCUUGUAUUGAUUCGAGUUUUCUUCGAUAUUCUGUUCCAAUUCAAAUGUAUUUUAUGCAACGUCGUAUUGGUUCAACCGAAAUUCCAACAGAUGGUAGACUUCGUCAACCUCUUAUUUAUAUUAUCAAAAAAGUCAUGGCAAAAAUCGACAAUCAUUUUACAUUUUAUGUUUUUGCGUCGACUUUUGAGAUUCGUUGGAAAAGACCCAAAAAUGCUUUGAUGAAAAAGGCUGCAAGUGAUAACAUUUUCAGAACUCUUCUCAAACCAACAACUGUUGAUUUUAGUCUUAUUGAACUUAUGAAAUUGAUGGAAUUAGAUGAGAUGAAGAAUCUUAAUUUGUAUAUUUUCAUCAAAGAUAUCAAUGAGGAUGUGAGUUUUUUCUCUGAAAAAAUUUAGAGGACAAGUUUUUUUCAGAAACUCGUGGAAAAAACUGACAGCAAUGCUUGGAAAUUUGACAGCGUUUUAGAGAGCAAGUAG